AUGUCGUCCCAGCCCGCUGAAAAUGAACCCAGCGGUGUCGAUGAAGGUGCCAGUGUCACACAGCCAAGCUCGGCCGGGCUGGCCUUGGUCAUGGUCGGGCUCUGUGUGGCUGUUUUCCUAACCGGCAUGGACCAAACAAUCCUCGCCACGGCCGUGCCUGUCAUCAGCAAAGAGUUCAACACGUCCGAGGACAUAGGCUGGUGGUCCAACGCCUACUUCCUCACCCUGAGCAGUUUCCAACUCUUUUACGGAAAGCUGUACUCGCUCUACUCCAUCAAGCUCGUGUACCUGGUCACCAUUGUCCUCUUUGAGAUCGGGUCCUUGGUCUGCACCGUGGCCCCCAACUCGGUUGCGCUUAUUGUUGGUAGGGCGCUGGCCGGUUUGGGCGCGGCGGGGAUUUUUUCGGGUAGUGUGCUUAUCUUGACCAAGUUAGUCCCGCUUGCGCAACGAGCCGCCUACCUCGGGGUGAUGUCGGCCUUCUUCGGGCUAGCCGCCAUCGUCGGGCCCUUCAUUGGUGCCGGGCUCAUCCAGUCGUCGACAUGGAGGUGGUGUUUUGGCAUCAACCUACCACUCGGGGCCGUGACGGUGGUUCUGUGCUCUGUCUUUGUCCACACACCCUGGGAAUCCCGGCAUCUGACUGUCUCCGCGCAGCUGCGCCAGCUCGACCUCCCCGGGACGAUCUGCAUGGUGGCAGCUAUCAUCUGUCUGCUGCUGGCCUUGCAAUGGGGCGGUUCUGCGUAUUCAUGGGACAACGGGCGGAUCAUUGCGCUCCUUGUCCUCUUCGCUGUCCUGGCAGUCGCCUUCCUCGUUAUCCAGAAGGUGUCACCGACUGCGACCACCAUACCACGCAGUCUGGCGCGCAACCGUGAUGUAUGGCUCGCGGCUGUUUAUUCCAUGUGCAUCACCGGGGGCGUUUACGUCGCUGUCUUGUACCUGCCUAUAUGGUUUCAGGACAUACGAGAUCAGACGCCGCUUGCAUCAGGGGUGCUGCUUACACCUCUGAUCGCCGGCUAUGUUGUGUCUUCGAUUGUAGCGGGUGGGCUCACAAGUGCCAUCGGCUACUAUAACCCGGCCAUCCUGCUCGGUACUGCCCUCACCGUCGCCGGGUCUGCUUUACUUAGCGUCACCAACCUCGACACAUCGACGGCCCGCAUCGUCGGCUACCAGCUCCUAUACGGCUUCGGCGUGGGCAUGGGGUUUGGCCAGCCCAGCUACGUCGUGCAGACCCUACUACCAACGUCCGACGUGCCCAUCGGCGUGACCUUCAUCACGCUGGUGCAGAACCUCAGCGCGUCCGUCUUUGUAGCUGUCGCGCAGGCCAUCUUCCAGGGCGAGAUGCGCCGCCGGCUCGCCCCGCUCCUGCCGUCCGAGGAUGCGUCGGCCAUCCUGGGCUCCGACCUAACCCAGAUUCUGUCCUCACUGCCGGACGAGAGCCACGACGAGGCGCUCCGCGCUGUCAGCACUUCGAUCGUCAUGACUCUCUACGUCACGCUGGCCUUGAGCGCCGCGUCUGUUGUUGGUGCUGGCAUCAGGUGGGGUUCCAUGAAGAAGGGGAAAUUGAACCCCGGCGAGACGCCGUCGUCUACCGAGAACACGGAUGGCGAAGCCAAAGUGCAUAUGCAACCGACGUCGUCGGUGACGGCGACUGAUCUGGAUCAUGGGGUUGCCAUUGAUGCGCCUAAAGAAGCCAGACAUUCGCCCAUGUAG